UUAAUCAGUUCAGUUCUAGCAAUUCACACGAUAAAAAUGUUCAAGAAGAUUUUAGUAUUCACAACUUUCUGUCUUUAUAUACAGCUUUCACUAGCUGAGAAUGAUAUCAAAGUGGAUAUUCCGAAUAUUUUAUCGCAAUCAAUUCAGUCAGAAACCAGUUCACCAUUAACAAUUUUAGAACAAAUGUAUCGACAAGCAAUGACUACAGCCUUCCAACAUAAAUCAGCUGAAAUGCUUGAAAAGCUAUCAAAGGGUGAAAACGCAUUACCAAUUGCAAUGGAAAUUGUAAAGAUAUCUAUGCUUUCUCAACCUACAACAAAUUCUUUGAAGAAAACAGCAAGUCAAGUUCUGUCAAUGAUGCCUCCAGACUAUCAACAAGCUGCCAUCUCUGCUGGAUUAAAUAGCAAUCUACUCGCAACUGAAAGUGCAAACGCAACUGAAUAGACC